UAUUUUUUUUGUCAAAUGUAUUGCUGUUCAUUUCAGGGUCAAUGUGGUUCCUGCUGGGCUUUCAGUACCACUGGUGCUUUGGAGGGUCAGCACUUCAGGAAGUCUGGCAAGCUGGUUUCAUUGAGCGAGCAGAAUCUUGUGGAUUGCUCUCGUCCCGAGGGUAACGAGGGGUGCAAUGGUGGCUUAAUGGAUCAGGCUUUCCAGUAUAUCAAGGACAACAACGGCUUGGAUUCUGAAGAGUCCUACCCAUAUGUGGGAACUGAUGACCAGCCCUGCCAUUAUGAUCCCAAGUACAACUCUGCUAAUGACACUGGCUUUGUAGAUGUUCCAAGUGGUAAAGAACAUGCUCUGAUGAAAGCGGUUGCAUCUGUUGGACCAGUUUCUGUAGCUAUUGAUGCUGGCCAUCAGUCAUUCCAGUUCUACCAGUCUGGUAUCUACUAUGAACCAGAAUGUAGUAGUGAAGAGCUGGACCAUGGUGUGCUAGUUGUAGGUUAUGGAUUCCAAGGAGAAGAUGUAGAUGGGAAGAAAUACUGGAUUGUCAAGAACAGCUGGAGUGAGAAGUGGGGUGACAAAGGCUUCAUCUACAUGGCUAAAGAUAGGAAGAACCACUGUGGAAUUGCUACAUCAGCAAGCUACCCUCUGGUGUAAUCUGCACUGAAUCUAGUUUCAAAAGAUCUUUGCAAGAUUAAUGGACCAUGACCUAUAUUAAGGCCCAAACAACGCUUGAACAUGUGCAAAACCUAGUU